UGCCAGUUAGCGCGCCGCAUCGCGUCAGAACACGCGCCCGCGCACCGCACGCGGCCACUUGCUAUAGUUCUGUGUUUGUGUUAGUGCAACGAGAUGUCGCUAACAUGCGACUGUCCGAUGUCGCAGCCGGGCCCGACGCUGGCGGCGACGUGCGGCGGCGGCGCAUUCAUGCUGUUUAUGGGACUGCUAGAGGUAUUCCUCAGGAGCCAGUGCGACCUCGAGGACCCGUGCGGAAGGGCGCAGGCCCGUAGCAGCAUGGACUCUGUGUACGACUUCAUAGUGGUUGGAGGGGGGUCUGCGGGGUCCGUGGUGGCGGCCAGGCUCUCCGAGGUGCCUGAGUGGAGGGUGCUCUUGUUAGAAGCAGGUUUUGACGAGCCCACAGGAGCUCAAGUGCCGUCAAUGUUCCUGAACUUCAUCGGAUCUAGUAUAGACUGGGGAUACCAGACGGAGUCCGAACCAGCUGCUUGUUUAGCAGAAGACGGAAGGAAAUGCUAUUGGCCUAGAGGGAAGGUCCUCGGUGGAACAUCAGUGAUGAAUGGCAUGAUGUACAUCCGCGGCUCCCGCAAGGACUACGACGACUGGGCGGCAGCCGGCAUAGAGGGCUGGUCGUACCAAGACGUGCUGCCCUACUUCCUCAAGUCGGAAGACAACAAGCAGGUGGACGAGAUGGAUGAGGGUUACCACGGGGUGGGGGGACCGCUUACUGUCUCACAGUUCCCGUAUCACCCACCACUGAGUUACAGUAUUGUCAAGGCUGGGGAGGAACUUGGUUACAAAAUCCGAGACCUGAACGGCGAGCACCACACUGGCUUCUCCAUAGCGCAAACCACCAACCGCAAUGGGUCGCGUCUCAGCGCUGCGAGAGCGUUUUUGCGCCCCGCGCGCCUGCGCAAGAACCUGCACGUGAUGCUGAACGCGACCGUCAGCAAGAUCCUCAUCAACCAGACCACGAGGCAAGCGUAUGCUGUGCAAGUCAGGAACAGCCAUGGCGGGACCGAAACUAUAUUUGCUAACCAUGAGAUUGUGCUGAGCGCGGGAGCAGUAGCGUCUCCUCAACUACUGCAGUUGAGCGGCGUCGGAGACCCAGAAGUACUCUCCCGCGCCGACGUAAAGGUGGUCCACAAACUACCGGCCGUGGGCAGGAACCUGCACAACCAUGUCGCAUACUUCGUCAACUUCAAAGUGAACGAUAACAACACCACGCCCCUCAACUGGGCGACGGCUAUGGAGUACCUUCUGUUUAGAGACGGACUCAUGUCGGGCACAGGUAUAUCCGAAGUAACAGCGUUCAUAAACACAAAGUACGCCAACCCAGCUGAAGACAACCCUGACAUUCAGCUGUUCUUUGGCGGAUUCCUGGCGGACUGCGCCCGUACCGGCAUGGUGGGGGAGCGGCUCGACAACGGCUCUCGAUCGAUACAGAUCAUUCCGACUGUGCUGCAUCCGAAAAGUAGGGGGCGCUUGGAGAUCCGCUCCGCUGAUCCGUUUGAAUACCCUAGGAUAUUUGCCAACUACCUGACCCACCCAGACGACGUCAAAGUCCUGGUAGAAGGGAUCAAAUUCGCGAUCAAAUUGUCAGAGACCAAGGCGCUGAAGCGGUACGGAGUGAAGCUAGAUAAGACUCCUGUAAAGGGCUGUGAGAAAUUUAAAUUUGACUGCGACGCUUACUGGGAAUGCGCGGUUCGGAUGAUGACGGGACCAGAGAACCAUCAGGUCGGGUCCUGCAGGAUGGGGCCCAGGGGAGAUCCAAAUGCUGUCGUUGAUAACUUGUUACAAGUGCAAGGUAUAGACCGGUUGCGAGUGGCUGACGCUAGCAUAAUCCCCACGGUGGUGUCAGGAAACACCAACGCGCCCGCCAUAAUGAUCGGGGAGAGAGCUGCCGACUUCAUCAAGCAGAGGUGGCUUGGAGCUGCGCGGGCAUCGUUCCCGCUGAGCGGCCACGGCGGGGUAUCGAACGUGCUAACGAGCGACACGCACGCACACUCCACGUGGCAGAGAUGGCUCUCAUAGACUUAGAAUAGGUUUAUACUGCCACCUUUAAUAUAGGAAGACCUAUUUAGAAUAAAUUCUGAAUUGUUAGACUCGAAGAAAAUGUGCGUGUAUGGUGGUAUGUUUUUAAACCGAAUAAAAUGUUACGUAGACGCAUAAUAGCGAUGGCUCCGAAGUAAACUAUCGUAUCUAAAAAAAUGCGAUUUUCACUUGUUUAGCUUUUUGUUUUUUAGUACUACGAAACUUAUUAAAAAAAAACUUCUUUUAUAAAGUUUUUAUCCUAUUUAUUUCAGAUACGAUAGUUUACUUCGGAGCCUUCGAUAUGCAAGUCAGUGUAAGAGUAAAGUGGUCGGCUUCAUUCGGGCUUCCGUAGCCGUUGUAUAAAUCUUUUUAUAACAUUAAACUGCGAUAAAUGAUCUCCGCCACUCCCGAAGUACAUACCAGUGAAUAUUGUGUGCCCAUAGCCAACCUGUACCCAAACGCCUCGGUCGAAGAAUUAUCUGUUACCCCAGUCACCGUAAAACCAGUAAUGAGUGUGACAGACCUUUAGAUAUGAAUGAUAAGGAAAGGUUAAGGAUUUAUAGAAUUAAGGAACAAUACGAAGAACAAACGAAAAUGAUGAAUGAAAUAAAACAAUACGAAUUUAUACGUAAUAAUAUGUAUUUCGAUAUCACAUACUGUUGGCAUUCUAUUAUAUUUGAGUGGACAAUUACGAGUAUAGUGGCUCAAAUCAAAAGCAAAUAGCGUCACUAUAGUUCAAUAACCUGCAUGUGUAAGUCAACAUAAUAUUACAUACUUUUAUAUUUCCAAUAUUCUAUAUUGUAUACCUAGAAUAUAUCGUGCAAAUAAGACAUAACAGCGGAUCGUAAAAGAUGAUUUCAUUAUAAAAAAAUAUGCCAUAUUCUUUGCCUAAACAAAACCUUUAUACAGCCCUUAAACGUUUUUAGACCCGCACGACUUCUAGAGCAGAUAUAGCUUAGCUCCCAAGAAUUUUGGACCUUACAAGCAAGACCUUAGUUCUAAUUAGUCAGGUACGGAUUCAAAUGGUGUGAGGGGGCAAAAAACUGCAGAAUCGGCGCAGGAAUAUCGUUUGAAAUUCAGUUUACUUAUAUCGAUAUUUUACUGAUACAUUGGAAAUAAAAUUAGUCAUCUAAAUCCGUCCCAGACACAUCACUUCGGUGAAAUGACGUACCAGUAAUUUGUAUUAGUCGUAACGUAGUGUUGUACAAAUGUUAUUUAUUUAGACUACACUAAUUAUAUCACUUUUAUGAGUAGCUAUCACUAUAAUGAACGAUUUAGUUGAAAGCAGGUUCUAUACGUGUAUAAAUAUUGUAUUUUCUUAAUUAGUUAUCAUAGAUUUUUAAGUUAAACACACAAGUUUUUAGAUUUUACUAUACGAUUAUUUAACCAAUCACGUUUGGAUGUACAUGUAUUGAUGAUUCCAUAGACCUAAAAUAAAGAAUUAAUGUAACAUUGAAUCACAUUGUUAGCCAUACUAUUUCGAUAAUUCGACAUAUCAAUUUCUUUAUUUUUGUCCAAAAAAUUAUGAACUGUUAACAUGUUAUGAAAUGUGUUGAAACCGACGAUUUUUACCUUUUUUUAUGAUUCACACUUAUUGCAAUUUAUUUUAUAGAUCUCAGACGUUAAUUAGGUCGUUAAAAUUCGAGAGUCAAACUUUACUGUUUGCAGCCGCAUACGAAUCACUAAUAAUCCCGAAGAAAAAGACGAAAGUGUGCAAAUGACGAGACCAUUUUUCAUUAUUUAUACUCAUUUUUGUGUAAUACACUACAUCGCAUAGCGGGUAGAGAAAGAAAGACGCUGUACUGUUGUAUUAUUUAUCAAUAUUUCGCAUUUGGCUAGACCCUAUGAUUAGCGAACUGUCUUAGAUAUUUUGAACGACACAAAUAUAGUACAUUUGUAAUUAUAAAGUUAUCUUAGGACCAAUUUAAUAUGUCUUUCGUGUACUACGUAUGCAAGACCGGUGAUAGGAACUCUACAAUUGUGUUCGAAUUAAUGAUAUUUGAUUUGUAAAUAAUCUGUUUUUGAAUAAGACACUUUGUAAAAUA